CUUCUCAACACAAACCAUCAGCUCCCCCCCACCCAAUCUUCUCCACAACAGAAAGCAACUCAUCAUCGUCAGAGCAACCAUGGCCACCGUUCUAAUGAAGACGAUCCUUCUCAUCUUCGUCGCCACCGCCCUCUCCGUCACCCUCACCAUGCGAACUGUCGUCGACCAGGAGGUGCCGGAAGCCGCGGAGGCUGCUACUGCCGAGCCGUCCCAGAGGCUGAGCCGCUUCCUCAAGGAGGAGGCCCCAGUCGACGGAACCCCGGGGUACGGAGGCAACAACGGCAACGGCGGCGGCGGCAUCGGGCAGACGAAGAACCCUCGGGCGGCGGACCAUUGCAACAAGGACCCGGGGCUGUGCCAGGAGCUGUACGGGAAGGACUUCGACUGCUGCAACAACAAGUGCAUCAACGUCGCCGUCGACAAGCAGAACUGCGGCGCCUGCAAGAACAAGUGCGCCUUCAAGGACGACUGCUGCGGCGGCCAGUGCGUUUAUCUAUCUCUCGACAAGCGCCACUGCGGCAAGUGCAACGCUCCUUGCGCCAGCCCGCAGCUCUGCGUCUACGGCAUGUGCAACUACCCUUGAAUGAUCCAUGUUCGGCGGUGAUCGUGUUAUUGAUUAUUAAUUGUUUGGUGAUUAUUAUUAUUAUUAUUAUUAUUAUUAUUAUUAUUAUUUAUGCUGGAUUUCGUUGUUGAAUAAACCACAUUUGGGAGGUAUACGUGACAUGAUAACAUUCUCAAAUUUGAUGAAAAAUAUUUAUUUACCGUACGCUUUUUUAUUUUAUUUUGUCUUGAGAGUAAGUGAUCCUAAGGGAUCCAUUGCAGAAAUAAAUGCUUAUUGUACUG